UAAACAGGAUGGUGACCCAGCGUGGUGUCGUGCUCUCCUCGGUUGCCUUGGUGACCCUGUCUCUGGUGUCGAUGUCCAGUGCACUGGCGAUCCUUGCAUGCCCGCCCGUGGAUGACAGGAACGAUGAUGCCACUUUGUUUGCCAACCCGCUGAACUGUUCCACUUUCUUCCUGUGCCAACAGGGAAUUCCUGUCUUAAUGGAGUGCCCGGACAAUCUACACUUUAACGAUGACCUCAAGGUCUGCGACUAUCCUGUGCGAGCCAAUUGUGUUCAGCGUCUGCCAACGUUUCCUCCUGUCCCUCAAGAGCCAACAGAAGUCGCCACUGAAAAGGUUUUGGUUGUGAAAGAGGUCAAAGAGGUGGUGCAGCCAGUACCUGAUGGUGAAACUUCGGUCAUUACAAAUGAAGAGCGCACAGAAGCUGCAACUGAGAAGGUUGUUCUCACGGAAGAGAUCAAAGAAGUGGUUCGGCCAGUGCCCGAAGACGAAACUGCGGUGAUUAUCAAUGAAGAACCAACCGAAGCUGCCACUGAGAAGGUUGUGCUCACAAAAGAGGUCAAAGAAGUGGUCCGGCCAGUGCCUGAAGACGACACUGCGGCGAUUAUCAAUGAAGAGCCAAGCGAAGCUGCCACUGAGAAGGUUGUUCUCACAGAGGAGGUCAAAGAAGUGGUCCGGCCAGUGCCUGAAGACGAAACUGCGGUGAUUAUCAAUGAAGAGCCAAGCGAAGCUGCCACUGAGAAGGUUGUUCUCACAGAGGAGGUCAAAGAAGUGGUCCGGCCAGUGCCUGAAGACGAAACUGCGGUGAUUAUCAAUGAAGAGCCAAGCGAAGCUGCCACUGAGAAGGUUGUUCUCACGGAAGAGGUCAAAGAAGUGGUUCGGCCAAUGCCCGAAGACGAAACUGCGGUGAUUAUAAAUGAAGAACCAACCGAAGCUGCCACUGAGAAGGUUGUGCUCACACAAGAGGUCAAAGAAGUGGUCCGGCCAGUGCCUGAAGACGAAUCUGUGGUGAUUAUCAAUGAAGAACCAAGCGAAGCUGCCACUGAGAAGGUUGUUCUCACGGAAGAAGUCAAAGAAGUGGUCCGGCCAGUACCUGAAGACGAAACUGCGGUGAUUAUCAAUGAAGAGCCAAGCGAAGCUGCCACUGAGAAGGUUGUUCUCACAGAGGAGGUCAAAGAAGUGGUCCGGCCAGUGCCUGAAGACGAAACUGCGGUGAUUAUCAAUGAAGAGCCAAGCGAAGCUGCCACUGAGAAAGUUGUUCUCACAGAGGAGGUCAAGGAAGUGGUCCGGCCAGUGCCUGAAGACGAAACUGCGGUGAUUAUCAAUGAAGAACCAACCGAAGCCGCCACUGAGAAGGUUGUGAUCACACAAGAGGUCAAAGAAGUGGUCCGGCCAGUGCCUGAAGACGAAUCUGUGGUGAUUAUCAAUGAAGAACCAAGCGAAGCUGCCACUGAGAAGGUUGUUCUCACGGAAGAAGUCAAAGAAGUGGUCCGGCCAGUACCUGAAGACGAAACUCCGGUGGCUACCAAUGAAUAGUCAACAACUGAAAACUAAGCACCAGCUGUCUUUCUUGAAUCUGAGGGUGACGCACAAGCUCUGAUCAAACACACUGUCAUCGAAGGUAUCGCUAGCAUAUUCGUCCACCCAGUUCAAGACACUUUCACAGAAGUCAUCGAGAAAUAUAGCUUGUGAAGCGAUGCUGACGACAUGGGAAACGGCGAUGACAAGUUCUGGCCCUAUCACAGGAAAUUUCGGAAAUUUACUGACUGCUGGGACUCAAGAACAGGUGCGCAUACAACAAUCGAUUCUUCGAACUCCCUAAAUCUCUACCAUAUGUGGUCCAACCAAGUAUUAACAAUCACUUUUUCACGGUAUUUCAAAGAAUAAAGAAGUUUAUAGAUUGUAACA